GAAACGAUUUGUCGUCAAAGAGUUAACUGAAAAGAAAAAAGUAUAUAUCGGUAUCCCAGAAAAAUUCCUUUUUUCUUCUCUCUUCUUACCUACCAUCAAGUUUCCUUUUUAUUGCCUACUUUUUCAUUGUCAGGAAGCAUGCCGAUCUCGACUACUGAAGCCUUUGCGAAGCGUCACGUCACGCGCGACGAUGGUGUAGAUGUUCUUCCACGUAAGGUGAUCACCGUCGCCGCCCUCGAGGCGGGAUACUGCCUCUCCUCACCCACAGUUAAUGAUGCUAUGGGCGGUGCCACGUACCCUGACCAGAUGACCGCAGAAGAGUUUGCGGCGCUUUGCGAGAAGAACAAGUCUGCAUUCAUGUCCGCUGAGGAUAUGGCUAAGUCUGUUGUCGUGGUGGCACCUUCUGGAGUCAUCACUCGUGGAUCUCUCGAGGAGAUCAUUAAAAAGAGCAACAACAAGGGCGAUGCGCUUUCCGAGGAUGAGGUGGAAGCUCUGUUCACGACGCUAGACACCGACAACAAAGGCGCCAUUACGGCUGAAGACUUCAUGCGUUCCCUCUAUGGCGACGAAGGCGCGUUCCGGCUGGCAGAGCGCCGCAAGCUGGACACCGCAGAGGCGGAGCGCCGAAAGGAAGAGGCGGCUGGCCAGGAACUUGCUCGCAAGGAGAAGGAAGAGAACGACAGGCGCAAGGGUGCGGCUGCUGAGGCCAAGCGUAAGGAAGAGGAAGAGCGCCAGAAGGCCGAGGCCGCGAAGAAAGCAGCCUCCGGUGAGAAGAAAGAUUCCAAUGAGAAGAAGAAGAAGGCCUCCGCCUGCUGCUAG